AAAACAGAAACAUUGCUUUAUUCUGAAAGGUUGUCUGUACUCAGGUGGCUCUGCGGGAUGUUGUUAGCAGCGUGUUACUGAUGGACUCACAAGUUGGACAAAUGGUCGGUGGUAUUCCGGACUGCAGGUGUAACAGGGUCACGAGAAGAUGUCUUCAUUAGUGGCCUACGAGGACUCGGGGUCGGAGGAUGAAUCCUCAGCUUCUGUUCAAACUGGAUCUUGUGAACAAAGCCAGGACGUUGUGUUGUAUAGUAACUCAAAGGUGACACCCAGCGCUCAGGGGUUUCACCCAGCCCCCGACUGGACAUUGUUGGAACAUCAUGGAAAUAUCUCAGAAAGAAGCAGCUCCUCAUUACACCCCCAUCCACACCCCCAUUUUGAUCAGAGGAUGACAUAUUGCAGCAGCAGGGCAGCACAAUAUAAGCAUUUUGGAGAUACUGCAGCUCCUCUGAGUUUAACCGGAACUCAGGAGAAGAUCUCUCUGCUCCAGUCUCCUCCUCACAUGCCACAAAGCUUUGGUGAUGGUUUGAACCAGGCAAAAAGACACCACAGUGUCCCGUCUGGUAUCAGACCGUACGUCCCCAAGAGACAGAGACUCGCCACUUCAGCAGACACUCAUGACCCAAAGUUAUCAGCAGAACAAGUCCCAGGGAAUCGGGCCGGGGAAAGCCAAGUUCUCUUAGAUGUGUCUGCAAGAGUGAAGCCAUAUCUCACUCAGAAGCCCGACGCGGCGGGGAUCCCGAGGAGGCUUCUGAUGAGACUGGGAGGCCACCAGGGCCCAGUCAACACUGUGCAGUGGUGUCCUGUGCCUCAUCUCAGUCAUCUGCUGCUGUCUGCCUCCAUGGACAGGACUUUCAAGGUGUGGGAUGGAGCGGAGAGCGGACGGUGCCUCAGGGUUUACACCUGCCAUUCGGGAGCCGUGCGCGACGCCUGCUGGACCCCCUGCGGGCGACACCUCCUCACUGGGUCAUUCGACAACACGACUGUGAUCACAGACGUGGAGACGGGGCAGCAGAAAGUGAAAUUUGACAACCAGUUCAAGGUGAUGUGUGCAGUCCUGCAUCCCAGCAGCCCAGACGUGUUCCUGUGCGGAGGUCACAGUUCAGUGGUCAACGCCUGGGACUCUCGCAGCAGCAAGAUGGUUAAAACAUACAAAGCAGGGAUCCAGCAGACAUUGGACAUCCUGUUUCUCAGAGGUGGUUUGGACUUCAUUACAACUUCUGACUGUGUGAGCAGAGACUCUGCGGACCGGACCCUCAUCGCCUGGGACUACCAGACAGCCGCCAAGCUCUCCAAUCAGAUCUACCAUGAGCGGUACACGUGCCCCAGCCUGGCUCUCCAUCCGCUGGAGGACUCCUUUGUGGCCCAGACCAAUGGGAACUACAUGGCGGCGUUCUCCUCCCAGCAGCCGUACAGAAUGAACAAGAGGCGACGAUACGAAGGACACAAGGUGGAGGGGUACGCGGUGCAGUGUGGGUUUUCUCAGGAUGGAACUAUCCUCGCCUCGGGGAGCGCCACCGGCUGCGCUCACUUCUACGACUACCACACCGCUCGGGCGCUGCACACUCUGCGCGCCCACAGCCAGCCCUGUCUGUGCGUGGCGCAGCAUCCCGUCCUGCCCGCGACUGCCGCCACCUGCGACUGGGCCGGGGAGAUCAAGGUCUGGCACUGACGACGGUGAACGCACACGAGAAUAUGAAGCGCGGGGAAAACAAAUUAAGACGGGUUUGCCAAGAUGAAGAUUGUAUUAAACUCGUGUGCACAUCCAUCCUCAAGGCUUGAUCCCCCCUUAAUCCCCUGGUAUAAGAUGAUAAGAACUUUAUCCACUGCCUUUGGAAAACAGUUUUUCAACACCGUGUAUUUUUAAAACCUCCCACACUCUCAUUCCCAUUGAUAUGAACUGAUCCUAUUGUGUUUACAUGUUUUUUCUAUAUUUGGUCCAACUUGUAUUGUUUUAAAAUCCUGAAAUCAGGAGGAGUCGCACUGGGAGAGAUCAAAUGAAGUUCCUUUACAGUUCAAAGAGUGAAGUGCUUCUAUGAGUUUUAUCUAAAGUGGUGGGCGGUGGCAAAGCUUUCCACUCCAAACACACUCCAAACACUCCAAACACAGCCAGGGGACAUCAUCAUAAUCGUUGUUAUGUUAUUCUAGUUUUUGUCAAAACAGAAAGAAAAACAUGUCUUUGGGCAUUUUUCUAAUCACAAGUGUUUUUCACUGUGCAUUCUGCGUACAAAUCACUUUCCCUCUGUUUGUUCUCCCCGGCUCUGGGACCAUAUUUUCCUGUCGUUCUGACAGCUCAGAGAAUCUCUGAGAACGACCACAGAUCUUCAAACUUUUGCAAUAAAAAUAAGCUGAUGUCUGUCAAAGCCCCGCCAGGUGCUUCCACAAUCCUGCCAGUCGACAACAGAGCGGUGCUGUGCAGACAGAAGCUCAGGAUUCACCAUCAAGUGGAACAGGCUUUAAAAUGCACAUAGCUGUUUAGCGGAAGGCAACUUCUAAUGGCUCGAUACUUUUUUCCCUUUCCCAGCCCCUGCAGUUGUAAAUAGUCAAUAAGAGUUAAAUUAACACUGUAAAGGACGACUUGGCAAAUUUCACACUGUGAAAACUGAUGCCUUUAUGUAGAUUUAUUUGGUUUGUAAAUGUAGAGGAAGAUCCUUGUUUAAUGUUUUCAUCAGACAUAUCAGGAGAGAAUUAAAUGGAAUAAUGGAU